AGAGAAACGUGUCGAACUCCAAGUUAAGCUAGGCAUCCUUUAUAAACACGGUUCUGUCAGCUUACUGUAGUUCCUUCUAAACUCAGAGAGCCUCAGUCAGGUGUGCUCCACAGUGUUGCUGUUGCCAUGGCAACAGCUCAGUCAGCCUGUCUUUCACGGCCUCCACAGUGACUACCGGUGCUGCCCCACCAUCACUGAUCUCAUGUUUGUUGAGGGCCUGGGCUGGCUCAUCUUCCCUCUGGUAGUCCCGUUCCCCAUUUCGGUUCUGUUCUGGGCAGGCGGGAGCUGGACCCUGCCUUUUUAACUGGACCAUGGGCCUCUCCCAUUAUAUCCAUAAAUGUGACUAAAACGAAGGUGUUUCUGCUACGUUCAGUCAUCUUCUGCCAGCGAAGCGCUUCCCAAGAGCCAGCUCACAAGACUUGAAACCGUUAACAGUGGCGGCUGACUGGUUGAGGGCUUCAGAACUAAAGAUCGGUGUGUCCGCUGUGUUUUAAGUUCCACAACUAGUAUUUGUCUGGGAAACUUUUUAAAAUCAUCAGUUGGAGUAGCUCACAGCUAAAUGUCAGUCUGCGACAGCGGAUGUCCCCAGACCUGCAGAAUCAGAAUCGGUGUUUUUGUUUGACUCUAAAAUCCCCCAACGCUCAGGGUCUUCAGAUUCCCGGGUCUUUUUUGGGAGACCGUUCGCCUCUACGUGAGCCAAACCAGCUGUUACAUUUUUAGCUCCGGCUCCGGGCUGUAGCGGGGGACUGGAGGCUCGUGGUUGGUCAGGAGCCUCUGUACCGUCACUGUCUACCUAAAUCUGGGUGCACAGUCGGGCUGUGCAGUCAGCCAGUCUUGCAUUUGGCCAGGCAGCUGCUCCAUCAGUCAGUUGGCUGAGAAGCUCAACAAUCACUUCAGACCAGGCCUGGAUUCUGGUGGUGGAGGUGCCCGAUUCACCUGUUAUCAAUGCCAAGAUGACCUAUGACUCUGAACAGAGCAUCUGCCAGGCCCGAGCUGCUGUGAUGGUCUACGAUGACACCAACAAGAAGUGGGUUCCAGCUGGUGGCUCCACAGGCUUCAGCCGGGUUCACAUUUACCACCACACGGGCAACAAUGCCUUCCGCGUGGUGGGACGCAAGAUCCAGGACCACCAGGUGGUGAUCAACUGUGCCAUUCCCAAAGGGCUGAAGUACAAUCAGGCCACACCGACCUUCCACCAGUGGCGUGACGCCCGACAGGUCUACGGCCUGAACUUUGGCAGCAAAGAGGAUGCCAACGUAUUUGCCAGUGCCAUGAUGCACGCGCUGGAGGUGCUCAACUCGCAGGACACAGGCUCCACACUGCCCAGACCGACCCCACAGGUCCAGAACGGGCCCGUGCAGGAGGAGCUGGACCUGCAGAGGAGGCAGCUUCAAGAACUGCAGCGACAGAAGGAGAUGGAGAUGGAGCAGGAGCGUCAAGAGCGAGAGCGUCAGGAAAAAGAGCGUCAGGAACAUGAACAGGACGAGCAGGAAUGUCAGGAAAGUGAACGACUCGAGAGACUAGAGCGAGAGAUCAUGGAGCGUCAGGAGCACGUGUGCCAGGAGCAGGAGGUGCAGGAGGAGAGGCAGCAGCAGUGUGAGAUGAUGGAAAAGGAGAAGGUUGAGGAAGAAUGGCUGGAGAAGGAGCAGCUGGACAGAGAGAGAGGGCGGCGCAGCUCCAAUGCUGCCUUUGAUAGCACGCUCCACAACACCACACCUCAGGAGUGUGGCAGGAUGUCUUCCACGCAUGUGUCUCCAUCCACCCCCACCUACCCAGCUCCCAGCAUGACGUCAUCCUCAUCCACUGCUCCCCCAACCCCGCCACUCAGGCAGUCAGCCUCCCGGUUUGCCACGUCUCUGGGUUCGGCCUUCCACCCGGUCCUGCCUCACUAUGCCACCAUUCCCAGGCGACAGCUGGCUUUUCCUCAGGCUCCGUCUCCUCCUCCAGCCCAGGUCACCUCUCCUCUCCCCGCACCCAAGUCCAUGGUGUGCUCAGCAUCCAACUUUACCCCAUUACCUCCCUCCCCUCCGGUCAUGAUUAGCAGUCCACCAGGAAAAGCCAUGGGUCCACGUCCUUUUGUCCCCAUGGUUGCCCCGUCCCCUCUGAGCCAGAAGCCUCCAUCGCCGUCGCCCAAUGGUCCCCCCACGUUCCCUGCACCUUCCCCUGUGACCAUCGCACACAGCCAUACCCCUCUUGGCAUCACCUGUCAAACGCCACCUCCCCCUCCUACCCCUUCUCCUCUCCCCUCACCCAUGGCUUCCUUGACAUCUUCCUCGUUUGUCUCAUGUCCCCCGUCCUCGUACCAGCCUCCCAACGUGCCGUCUCACUUCACAGUGCUCCCUGCUACUGCAGCUGCUACCACCUCUGCCUCUGCCGAGCACCUCUCCCUCCCCGUGGGUCCGGACCGGUCAGGGUCGGGAGAGCCGGAGCCCUGCCCGGUUCUGGGGGGCUCCUCCUGCCAGCCCCAGGAAAUGGCACACAGUCCAUCGGCUCCCACCCCUCCCCCACCCCCACCUCUGCCACCCAACUCAGUUGUGACCUCCACCCAUGCCGGUCACCCCCCUCCUCCCCCACCCCCACCACUCCCUCCUGCACUGACUCCAGGUGGGACACCUCCUUCACCAGGUCCAGUUUCUCCACCCGGUGUGCCACACCCACCCCCAGCUCCUCCCCUUCCUGCUGGACUGUUCUCUCCUGCGGAGGACCGUCCCCCAUCAGGCCUGGCAGCCGCCCUCGCUGGAGCCAAGCUGCGCAGAGUGCCACGGAGUGAUGAAGCAGGAGCAGCUCUGGCAGCAGCCAUGUCAGGGGCCAAACCUGAGGCCCGGGGGAACGGGCCCGUGCCUGGAGGAGGAGGGCUCAUGGAGGAGAUGAGUGCUUUACUAGCCAGAAGAAGAAGGAUUGCAGAGAAGGGCUCUUCUCCUGAACCUGACCAGAGAUCAGAGGAGAGUGACAUGAACACAACCCCCAAAGUGUCAGCUUGUAGCACACCAGACAUGCCCAGGAAGCCAUGGGAAAGAUCAAGCACCAUGAACGGCAGCAAGUCUCCUGUUAUCGGAAGACUGAAGUCCAUCCCCACACCUACCGCCUCCCCAAGUGCCAACGGCAUACCCACAGAAGCUGUGGACUACGACAGACUCAAACAGGAAAUCCUGGAUGAAAUGAGGAAAGAGCUGUCGAAGCUAAAAGAAGAGCUUAUUGAUGCAAUCCGGGAGGAGUUGGGCAAGUCCAGCACUGCAUAGAAGACCCAGAGCAUCAGAACAUCACCCUCCACAUGGCCAGUCUGACACCAGCGGGCCAGUAAAGAUGAAACCAUUACACCACAGCUGGAAACAACAGUCAGAGAGAACCACUGCCCUCCUCUGCCUCCUGGAGGACAGUCUGCCAGAGAAGCAAAAGACUUUAUGCAAACAGGAAGUCCGCUGGUCCCCCCCCCCCCGUAACGAUGAAGACACGCAAAAAUGAUUCGGACUCCCGAGUGGUCCUGGUUUCAUCUGAACAAAGCCGAACUCUCCUGUGACACGUUUUUAAGGAAUGAUCAGAGACCGGAGACAGCGCGUGUGUGUGUGUGUGCGUGCGUGUGUGUGUGUGCGUGCGUGCGUGUGUGUGUGUGUGUGAUGGACACAGUCUUUGCUGUAGUCCACCUCUGCAGGACACUAAAGCUCGUCUUCCUGUUGUAACCUAAGCCUGUACAGACAGAACCUGUCAGCCAUGGGUUUUGUGGAGCGUGGAUCGACGGCACAGCGACACCAAGUAGCCCAGAGCAUCCGGUGCCAUCAGAGCGCCUGGUCCGCAGUCAGACGGGCUGCUGUCUCCAUCCACUCACAGCUGGGCGUCCGGUUAGGACCUCCUCUCGGUCCAGUUGGAAGUCCUCCUCCUCCUCCUCCUCCUGGGUCUUGUUUUGGUGCUCGUGUGAGAGCACGUGAGGCUUUCCCUUUUUACGCCCGCAGAAGGACUCGAAUCAGCCACGAAACCACAUGAAGUUUAAUUAUUAGCAAUAACUGUAGCAUCGCUCCACCUGUCCCAUCUGAAGUCCCCGUCCAUCUGGACUGAGCACAGAUAUGAACAGAGACUCUGAAAUUAACUAAAAUAUUCUUCAUUUGUGUCAAAUACCGGGAGGACAUGCCUUCAGCCCCACUUUGACUCAUCAUCAGCGGUUGCUCUAACACUGAUAAAUAUUGUGCAAGGUGCAGGAGAAAGCCCAGGUGUGUAGCAGGUGGAGUCCAGGCUCUGACCUGAAUGUGCCAUCCACUCUGUCCCCAGGCCUGUCAGGACGAGUCGUGUCUUUCUGCUCUGCUUCCUCCUUCUGAUGCUCUCAGAUUCAUCACAUGACCAACUGUAGCCCAAAGCCAUCCCUUCAGCGUCGUGUCUGAGCCGGUCUCACCAAGUCCAGUCUGCUGGAGACCUAACCUCUGAACCUACAGCUCCACCUAGUCCAGAGUCCAGGUGUCAGAGCUCCUGUUCUUAGAGCUAAUUGAUAGGUAAUUUUGCAUUUAUCCCAUAUUACCUUAAAGGACAACACACAGAGAGAGAGAGUGGAUUAUUCGUAAUGUCCAUGAAUCGUCAUGCGAGAGCUGGGCGCAGAAACCCCCUCCAUGGAGCUAACCAGGCCCCCUCUGCUGCUGGGGAAAGCCUUCAGCUCACCAGCUCUGCAUGCCCGCAUUCUCCACCAAAAUGUUAGGUAAUAUUUAAUCUCCAUAACCCGGGAACCUGAAAUAAACACUCAUGACAACAAGGAGACAUUUUACCCUGAGUCCCCAAAAUGAUGGAGAGUUAACGCAGGGGAACCUCCUCCGAGGCUGUCCCCACGUCACUCCCCUGUAUUCUCAGUUAGCCAGGGGUUUUAUUUAGCAAAGGAUGGAGAAGGCGGGGCCUUCUCAGGUUACAGAGGUACAGAGGUUUCCUUGGAAAUCUACAAUCAACAUCCUGGAAAUCCACAAUCAACAUCCUUGACUGCAAACGAGCUUCUCUGCUCAACCUUUCAGGAACAGCCACCGUUGGCAAACACAGAGAUUCAUGAAGUGUUAAUAACACAAAUCGGGCGUCUUUUAGGCCUCAAGAAGGUACAAUUAUAAAAAUACCCAACACUAAUCAUUUUCAGGGUCACAGUGGAGGAUCCUUGAGACCCUCUGAGACCAGGACCUGAACCAGCUCAAGGUGUUUCCUCUGAAAACUGAAUGGAGGCCCCCCAGCCCUCAAAGGGCAUAGUCGGUACCGUCAGUUCUGCUCAUCAUUCUGGACUGGCUCUUCACAUCUCCUAUCACAAAGAGAUAGCGGCGUAUCAGAGCUAAAGACCCGGUCUCGGCUACGUGUGUCUGAGCCUGUAGGUCUUCAUUAGGUCAUGAUCUCAUUCCGUGUUCAAGGGCUUUCUCUCAUCAUGUUGCUCCAGUCCGUCAAACACCAGGUUCUGUUCCCCUUCAGACAGAACCACGCACAGGCAUCUCUGGUUUCAGACUGGGUUUGUGUGGACAGAUGCCAUAAUCUAUGUUUCUAACCCCAACAGAAGUACCAGCCAGACGCUGUGUCUUCUCCGACAUGACUGCACUUUAAGACAGAAACUCGCAGAGCAAUCCAGCAUCGUGCCUGUCACGGGCAGCAUGGCUCCAUCACCAAAGGAUUCAAGCCAGCAGCCUCCCGUCGAGCGUCAUCACUAGCAAAGUCUCCUCUUUUACUUCUGUCAGGAGAUAUGGAAACAGGUGUGGUGGGCGGCAGGUGAGGGGUUCUCUGUGUGAAGCCAGGUAGUUUGUGCCUUGUUCCCAACAUGCAUUUAACACGUGCUAUCAGAGUAAUAACACUUUGUUGUCAUAUGCAGGUUUUAAUUUGUCUUCAUUUUUUAUCGCCGUCGUGUGGUUUUAAAGACUUUUAGUACCGUUUAUAAACAUGUUUUUAUUUGAAUGUAGGGGACAUCUCUGAUUGGUGGAGCUGUUUCAGCUCACAGGUUCGAUCCAGCUGAGGUCAUCCUUCUUUUCUAUUUGGAAGUCCAAGUGGGUGCAGUGUUUUAGAUGUAAAACAGACUGUUUGUGUUCAGCAGCUUAGUUUUAUUUUUAAUCCAGAGUCAAUCUAGUUUUGUCUGUGAAAGUUGGUUCUGCUACGCCUCAUCAAGAUGGUGGGAACCCCUCCAUACAGCCAGGUGCGUGCUGAUGGAUGGGGGGUGCCUCUUACAUAGCAGUUAGUUGGGUUUUUAGUCAUCUGCAUUGUACCAUACUGGUCUUGUGUUAAUGUCUUUUCUUACACGCUAGCAUACUGAGCAAAUACAAUAAAAGUUGCAAUACAAGA